CGGUAACACUGUAGGAUUGGACUAUUUCAAUGCCGACAAGAUGACUCUGCCCGAUCUAUUGUCCGGUCUGUCGUCCAAUCCCUAUUUUGGGGCUGGCUUCGGACUGUUCGGAGUGGGUGCCGCGGCUGCAAUACUGCGGAAAGGUCUACAAGGCGGUGUAAUCCUGUUCCGACGACAUUGCAUGAUUACCCUUGAGGUACCCUGCAGGGACAAAUCCUAUCAGUGGCUCUUGAAAUGGAUCACCAUCAGGGGAGCCCGAAAAACCCAGCACCUGAGCGUGGAGACGAACUUUGCGCAGAACGACAAUGGUACUAUAAAGACCAGCUAUGACUUUAUUCCCAGUAUCGGAAAGCAUUGGUUUCAAUACAGAGGCAAUUGGAUUCAGGUGGAGCGAACCAGGGAACAAAAAACUUUGGACCUACAGAUGGGCGUUCCCUGGGAAACAGUCACCCUUACAGCAUUUGGAAACAAUAAGGCAAUUUACUUUGACAUUUUGGAAGAGGCUAGGCACUUGGCUAUGGAGGCCACCGAAGGCAAAACAGUGCUGUACACAGCAAUGGGUCCGGAAUGGCGACCCUUUGGUCAUCCUCGGCGGAGGCGUCCGACUGCAUCGGUGGUCCUGGAUCGUGGAACGUCUGAGAAAAUCAUUGCCGAUUGCCAGGACUUCAUCAAGAGUUCCAUGUGGUACACCCAGCGUGGAAUUCCCUACAGGAGAGGAUACCUUCUCUACGGACCACCGGGUUGCGGCAAGUCCAGUUUCAUCACUGCCUUGGCGGGCGAACUGGAGUACAGUGUGUGCCUACUAAACCUUUCGGAAAGAGGCCUCACCGACGAUCGACUCAAUCACCUUCUAAAUGUAGCCCCAGAGCAAAGUAUCAUCCUGCUGGAGGACAUUGACGCAGCGUUUAUAUCCCGUGAAGCCACUGCUCAGCAGAAAUCCGCUUUCGAUGGGCUCAACAGGAUAACUUUCAGUGGACUCCUCAACUGUUUGGAUGGCGUGGGCUCCACAGAAGCCAGAAUUGUCUUCAUGACCACAAAUUAUAUUGAUCGCCUGGAUCCCGCCCUCAUUCGACCUGGUAGAAUAGAUUUAAAGGAGUACAUUGGUUAUUGCACGCAAUAUCAAUUGGAGGAAAUGUUCAAGAACUUCUUUGCCAAUAGUGAUCCCACGAAAGCGGAGGAGUUUGGAAAGCGCGUAAACUCCUUUGGCCGCUCUGCCAGUCCCGCUCAAAUUCAAGGCUUUUUCAUGAAACACAAACUAUCUUCCCCGCAAACAGUUAUUGAUUCCUGUGAAGACAUCUGGGAGAAUGUUUUAAGUGCUAAUAAAAAAAAUAAUUAAAUAA